AUGAAUUCAAGUACUCCUCCCCAGUCCACUUUACGUCGACUCCUCAAACGAAUUGAGGUUCCAAUCGAUCAAGAUGCGCACUACAAAAACGAUCAAUGGACUAACAGAGAUCUCAUUCCUAUGCCUCCGGAACGUCGAACAUACAAAAUCUGGUCCUACUUCAUCUAUUGGUGUAUUUCUGGAAUGUGCAUCAGUGCAUACACCACUGGGUCAACUCUUCUCGCAUUCGGUCUGACUCCCCAGCAAGCUAUUGGAGCAAUUGUAGUUGGAUCUCUAUUCGUCGGGUUGUUAUCUGUUGCAUGUGGAUGGAUGGGUGAAAGGCACCACAUCGGGUUUUCAGUAGCCUGUAGAUUCACAUGGGGAAUGCGGGGAUCCUAUUUUCCGAUCAUUGUUUCAACAUCUACGUCUAUAUUCUUCGAUGGUUUGCAGGCCUACUGGGGUGGGCAAGCAACUACCGUUACACUAGGCGCCAUUAUACCUGGUUUGGCCCACAUGAAUUCAACGCUCGCGGGCGGUGUCCUCAUGACGAAGGACUUGAUUGGGAUGUUGACGAAUGACCUUGUUUCAGAAUUUUCUAUAUCUUCUUCUUAA